AGUAGGUGCAGCAUCACUCAUUCCUUGAGAAGAUACAGUCAUGAACACUAAGGUAUUCAUCCUUCUUGGUUUGGCAGCCGUCGUUGCUGCAGACAACCCUGAGAUUUUCGCUUAUGGACCUCCUCGGGAUUCUUCCGAAGAGUCAUUCGAGUCGUUUGAGUCAGGAGAGGCCAAAUACGACUUCAGUUAUGCCGUUCAGCACGAAGACUCAGGCAACGACUUCGGCCACGAGGAAGCCCGUGAUGGUGAACAUACUCAGGGAUCCUACUACGUGAGGCUUCCCGACACCCGUCUGCAGAACGUCAAGUACGUCGUAGACGGUGACGAUGGUUACUUGGCCGAGGUGAACUACGAGGGCGAGGCUCGUUUCCCCGACUCGUAUGAAUCUGCCUCCUUCGAGUCUGCUUCCUUCGAGUCCCUGGAGUACAGGCCACCAAGGCCAGCCUACACCUAUGACUCCAACGAAUCCAAGUAAAUUGUCAGAUAUUUGACCUCAGGAUAAUGGUAAUGAACAUGGUUGUUAUUUUCUUUUAUAUGAAAUAUUUGAUGUGUAUUUAUUACAAAAUAAAAUGCGGGCACGACUGAAGGCUUGUUUUCAUAUUAAUCAAUCCCAGCGUUAUUAAUAUUACAUAAAAAAGAAUAUUUCCUGU